AUAAACUCUGCAAGGGAAUCAAAGAAAUGGGUGGUAUGGUAUCCUAAUGAUUGGCCUUGGGGUUGGCCAUACCGGAAUUCUACGUGUCAAGCUUUGCCAUGAAAAGGUCUGUGUUUCGCACACGCGUAACGAAAAUCACUUCAGUUAGCUGUAGCCUAAACGCCAGAUUUCUCCAGUGCGGCGAUGUUCUCUCUCCCAGUUGUUUUGGUUGCAGAAUUUGAAGUGCGAAGCCGAGACCAGACCGUAGAGCUGUUCCAGAGUUGUCCGCCAUUUCCGUUCCUGAAGCUUCCUGUGGAUUGAAGGUCAGUGUGACGCAAGAAUGAAGACUCCGAUUUCUAUCUCACCGCAGCAAGACAUAUAUGGAGAUCUCUAUCAACCAGCACUUAUAAUUGCCGCUUGCUUUGUGGUUGUCGCUCUGGUGCUCUCCAUUUUUCUCAUUCUACAGCAUCUCAAAUCUUACUCCAAGCCGUCGGAACAAAAAUGGAUUGUUGCGGUUCUUUUUAUGGUUCCUGUUUAUGCCACCGAGUCGAUUAUAUCAUUAUGGAAUCAAAGAUUUUCCCUUGAAUGUGACAUCUUAAGGAACUGCUACGAAGCGUUUGCUUUGUAUUCUUUUGGAAGCUAUUUGAUUGCUUGUCUUGGUGGUGAAAGAAGAGUCGUUGAACUGCUUGAAAUUGAAUCAACAAAACAGCUAGAGGAACCUCUAAUUGAAGGGGAAGAAAAGAGGUCUCAAAGAACACUGUGGAACUUUUUCCUUAAGCCACGUGUUCUUGGAGAACAUCUGCUCACUAUAGAAAAGUUUGGUCUUGUUCAAUAUAUGAUUCUGAAGACGACAUCUGCAUUCCUAGCAUUUAUAUUGGAGCUUUUUGGAGUUUAUGGUGAUGGGGAAUUCAAGUGGUUCUACGGCUAUCCAUACAUAGCAGUGGUACUUAACUUCAGCCAGAUGUGGGCAUUAUACUGCCUCGUCCAGUUUUAUAAUGUAACUCACGAGCAACUGAAACCAAUAAAGCCACUAGCAAAAUUCAUUAGCUUCAAGGCCAUAGUGUUUGCAACGUGGUGGCAAGGUGUUGGCAUUGCUCUAUUACGUGAACUUGGAGUUCUGCCGAAGGAGGGGAAACUGGAAACUGGACUGCAGGAUUUCUUAAUUUGCAUAGAAAUGGCCAUCGCAGCUGGGGCUCAUAUAUUUGUUUUCUCUGCUGAACCAUAUCGUUACAUUCCAGUUUCUGAGUACGGAGUCACCAUAGAGUCAAUGAAAGGUCGAGCUGAGGUCAAAGAAGGCAAAGAACAAAAACCGGCUGUGGUUGAAAGGACAGAAACCCAUGUCCAUGUCGAGGCUCCUGGAACGAGUGUCGGCGAGAGCGUUCAGGACAUAGUUCUUGAAGGCGGUCAGCGAGUUGUUAAGGAUGUUGUAUUGACCAUAAACCAAGCAAUAGGACCUGUGGAGAAAGUCGUGGCAAUGAUACAAGGGACCCUUCACCAAACAAUGGUAGGUUCAGGUUCAGAUGAAGAAGAAUCGGAUGUAGAGGUUGAAGAAUACAUGCAAGAAAACCUUGCAGGAAAUGAAACCGUCUGAAACCCUUUUAUCCA